UCGAUAAUGCAUCAUGACGAUUCUAUGCUCAAGCAGCUGAUAUCAACUCGCCAUAUCAAAAACUGCCUCAGAAAGCAGGCGGCUGUUGCAAUUUAUGACCAAUUAGGUUAUAAGCUUGGCUCGGAGAAUCGGAGAAUAUUCGAUCCUUUUUUUGCUUUGACCUUUUGUAAGCUAUGCGUGCCACAUUGUGCUUUUGUUGCCUGUAGUUGGAGACCACAUUGUGGCGCGCGCUUCAAAACAGAUGCAGGCAGUGCACAGUCUUUUUGAGGCUGCACGCCCAAACCCUCUCAAAGAGGCUGCCUAGAACAAUGCCUAUUUGUUUGGCUUACUUGGCAAUUAUAUGCUCAACAUGCAUUGCGCUCGAACAUUUUCUUAAGGUGGAUGUGUGGAGCGCUUCACCAACCGACUUGAAGAAGCAAGAUCCCUGCGGAGAAUGAAAAUGCCUUAAUUGAAUUGACCAAUUUGUUUGGCCUGUCUCUACUAUAGGUUCGGGAUUUCCCGGAAUGCUGAUGCCAAAACACUGUGCGGUUCGUGCAAAUCAGAUGCAGGCAUUUGGGUUUGUCUAUAUUCAUGAUGAUGCUGGGGCGAACUUCAUCUAGCAAAAACAUAACGUAUCGAGUCUUGCUCUAUAGGCCAUAGACUCGUUCUAAAAUGAAGCUGAACGAAAAGAAGAUCAUAGGAAAUCAUUCUUUCUUCAAGUAGAAGUCACACGAUUGGAAUCAGGAUAAUUGCAUCACCUUUAUUUUGGUGUUGUUUCAUUGAUUGAAGAUCCAUUUGCCGCAAGCAAAAAAGUCUGAAACGGGUCCAUAAUCCAUGGCCGAUGGUUCGACUCGUUUGACCUUCCAAGCUCUUUUGCUCGUGGGUUUCUGGCCUUUGUGGUGCACCGGCUACCGAUGCAACCCAGAAAUCAACAAUACCCACAGCACCAGACAUGCUCUCAGAGUUUGUGAGAGACCUGGAUGCAAGUUGUUUAUUGUUGUUUGUGUCUGAUCUCUGCACAAGUCCCACAAAUCCUUCACGUUGCUCUUUAACAUCAUUGCUUUUUGGGGGGCAUAUUUUGGCCGAAGAGAGAAGGCAGGCAUCAUUCAUAGUGAGUUUGCCAGCUCAUCGACAGCUUGCGAGUGCUGCGUGGUUUGCUUUUCGCAGGUGUCGAGUGGUGUCAUGGUCAUGGUAGCACAAGCACUGCAACACGCGAUGGGUUUACAGCGGCAGGGCUUGGCUACGUCAUUCGGGGUAUUCGGGGGUGCCAUUAGCAAGGCCGCAGGAAAUAGACAGUCUGAAAGAGCGACAAGUACAGAUUGCAGAGACGGUAUAUAAAGAGUGAAAGAAGGAAAGAAAAUGUUGAAUUCAAAAAGAUGCAAAAAGACAAAUAAUGAUAUGAAUGGAAGGGUGAGAAAUUGCAGGUUUCCCGGGCAAGAAUUUUGUAGAGCUUCGCAAACCGGCGAUAUUGUUGAGUUCUGGUUGAAUGCUAGAUAAAUUUCCAACAUAUUUGUGAAAUCAGGAGAAGAUUAGCUCGACAAUGCCAAGGGCAAAACCAAGUUAUUGAGUCUCCAGGCUGCGGUGCCGAAGGUCCUGACAUGCCUCCGCCUGCUGUCUCACUCUUCGGAGGGACGGAGCCUGGAGAGCUGGGUUGCAUCGGUCGGUCGACCCAGUUUGCCCGGGCAUUGUGGUGCCUGGCUCGCCAUGCAAACAAGGCCUUCGAACUCUUCACUGGUAUUGGAGGUGGCAGCUCUUUGGUUUUGGCCCACGCCUUGGCGCGGCGGCCAGCACCAGGACGCUUCUUUACAGUUGACCGGGACCAGGGCAACGCAUGGCAUGCGACACAAGUGCUGAAGACGGCCAAGGCAGUUGCCACAGUUGUUCCCCUAGAGCACGCCAAGGGCAUUCCCGACAGUGCCGCACAGAGUUUUGGCACUCCCGGGAGCUGGAUACUACAAGGAGAUGUUUUUGAGCAUCCGAGCCUGAUUGAAGCUUUGUGUUCCACUACCGAUGGAAUGGACUUGAUCAUGUUGGACCCACCAACCGACCUCCGCAACAUUUGGCCUGCCCCCUUCGAUUUGAUUGGAAGAGUGUUUGUUUUCGUUGUUUUCUUAGGUUUGUUUGUGCUUUUAGACCUACCCUUCUCGGCGGAGCUUCAUUGAGAACAGUAUAGUAAGCUCGACUCGUUUCGACUCUCCAAUGCAAAGAUGAUCAAAGAUGAGUAUCUUGGUCCGGCGGUCACACUGAAGAAACCCCGAUUCCAACACUUCCACAUGCAUCCAUGUUCUUGCCUGAGGAUUCCUGUGUCCAAUCUGACCCCACUUAAGGUCUUGGAGACUGCAUGCCGCCCCAAGUUUCUUGCUAUACACAAUGCCAAUUUGCCUGGACAUGCCGGCUGGAUACCAUCCUACCUGAAAAGCUCGCAUUCCACGUGGUAUGAGAUUAUGAAUGGCUCUCACCCAUCAAUCUGGGAACCUGGCAUUCGCACUUGGUCCUUGAUGGCACGUUGCUGGUAACGAAAACGCUGAAAUUGACUUCGUGUUUGAGAUUGGACUUGGGCCGCACCACAUGGGCGAGAGUCUCUACCGAAAUGUUCGGCCGAGACUGCGCCGCUUCAUUCGCCACUAGACUGUAGGUCGACCCGUUCAUCAGGGCAUGGUGACGUGAGCACGUUGUGGUUCAGACCGCAAAGGCCUAUAGCCCUUUCGUGCAACAAGAUGGCUGUGAUGUUCGCCGCUAUGGGUCCAAAAAAGACGC